AUGCGUUCCUUUGCUGCUACUAUUCCGGUCCUCGCCAGUUUCCUGGCCUUGGCCGCUGCCGGAGAGAUUCCUCUUACUCCUGUGGCUACCUACCCUGCUGUGCGGCCAACCCUCAACCCCGAGAACCACAACGCUCCCAUCGGGCAACGACCUCCUUUUGCCGGCAACAGCAGCCCGUCGGGGCAGCCGUCGGUGUUUGUCCUGACGCAGGUCUCCGACAAGCCAGCGCAGACGAGCACCCCCACCAACCCUGAGAAGUGUUCACAGGUUGCUGCCCGCAUCACUCCUCAGCUCACACCCACCCCGACAUACUCGCCGUCCCUCAAGGGCCUGGCCGACAAGCUUGGCGGCGUUGACCGCGACACCUGCGGCGAGAUGGAUUUCAAGGCCCGCUUCAAGACGGCCCAGACGGACGACAUCAACCGCUUCAACCAGGCCCGUCACUCGAGCUUCAUCCUGCCCAUCUGGGCCAAGGUUUCGGAGCUCUGGAACGCCUGCGGCGACGAGACACACAAGAUUUCCCAAAUUGCCAAGGAGCCGUGCUACCGCUGGGCCCUCGAGUUGUCCAAGGCCUCAAACAGCUCUUUCGGCAGCAAGGCCAACCAAGGUCCCGAGAAGCCCCCGACAACCGAGGUUCCGGGCAACAUCAAGACUCCUGAGCUGGAGAACGGCGUGGCGGACAGCGGGAUCUCGCACAGUGCUGCCAUUGGCUUUGCUGGCGUACUCGCGUUUGUGUGGGGGAUGGUACUGGCUUAA